UCUUGUCUUUAUGUGAUUCCCAGCGUGUCCACAUCAAUCCACACAAAAGCGUGACAUACUUCAGACCCGAAGAUCAUCAUCAUAUCAGCGCUUUCUAUCUCUACUCGGCCCCAUAUCUCUUCUUCAUAGCAAAGAAUGCAAAAUCAGACAAGAGAGAAUUUUGCCAAGGGACCAAAUUCAGUGCUUGUGUGCGCGCUUGUGUGUGCCUGAGCGCGCACGUGUUUAUAUCAAUGCGCAACGCUUCAGUGCGCUCUCUGAAGGGGAUAAGUGGGAGUGGGAGAGGAGAGGGGCGCCAGUACGGAGGAAGACACAGUCGGAUAACUUGCUCGUCUUGUGGUCACCUAAAAUAACGAAAGCACACCGUUACAGAGGUCCACUGCACCUGCUGCAACGCGCUGCCACGAACCACAAACAUCCUCCUCCAUGUCCAGCGGUUUAACGAUGGAUCACACUUUCCUGCCUCGGUCCAUCUGGACCGGUGACAGUAAAUUCCUCCAGCAUCCAGCGGACCUCUACACCAGUGUGGUCGUUACGCGCAGCAUCCCUGCAGGCACGUGCUUUGGUCCAUGUGUGCUCCAACACACUUUCUACGACACCAUCGCCUUCAUAGCGCAGAAAUCCUGCGACAAGAGAGCGAAAUCCUACGUGUUCAGGGUGGACCCUGAGGCUAUGCGUAAUUCUGCGUUGGUGCUUUCCUGGCUGCGCCUGGUGCAGGCUGCGCGCAAUGAAGAGGAGCAGAACACUGAGGCUUUUCUGAAAGCGGGUCAACUGUAUGUGCGGACCACCCGAGACAUCCGGCAGGAGGAAGAGCUGCUGGUGUGGUACGACCAGGAGCUGUCUCACCUACUGGGAUUCACAGACAUGAUCAGAGGAUCAAGUGAAGAGUUCAAAUGUGGAAAAUGUAACCAGGUCUUCAAGAAUGAGUAUCCAUAUCUGGCUCACUGCCGAUUCCUGUGCACCCAAGUAAAGAGUGACACUUGGAGCCGCGAGGUUUACGAGCACAAGCAUGUGGAAAUUAAGAGGCAACAUCGAGUUACAGAUUUUCACAACAUCGCCAGAGAUUUGGAACACAAAAAGUCUGGCAGCAACGAGGACACAGAGAUUCCACCCAAGAAAAGGAAAUACGAGGAAACUCUAUAUCUCAAAGGGCGUAAACCAGUUCUGUUAGAAAAAACAAAUAUUUCAAAUGAUGGUAACAUUACGCAGCUAAGCAGGGGCCAAGAUCAGGCAGCAGGAAAUGCAUCUGGCUCUACAGGGAAGUUGAAAGCUGAUAGGAUCAAACCGGAUGAUUUGGGAUGUAAGAAUGAUGCUUUUGGUGAGGUGGGAGAACCCAAAGGGACUUUUACGCACGACAGAGAGAUGGACACAGAGUCGGAGACAGGAGAGAGCUCUGGUGUGCGCUCAAGCAGCAGAAGCGCGUUUUCUCCAGUCCUGUCCAACAGUCAAAGCGAGCAGAAAAGUGCUUUUUGUAAACCGAGCACAAGAACUUCUCCAAGUGAGCCACCGGCACAUCUCAGCAGCGCAACAACAGCCCCCUCUAGCCGCUUAGAGGAGAUGAGUGAUGCUUUCACCUCCAGGACUGUUAUGGGAUACAACAAUCUGUUGGCAUCCAACAUCCUGAGCGGUGAUUUACAGACUGUGCCCUCCCCGGUGACAUUAAACAGCGCUUUCCAUUACGCACCGGAGCACUGGUCCAGGAACAUUGGCGCUCAGCUCCAGACCACCUCUUCUCUCACCAUCCUUCCGCCGACUUUCACCUCUUUCGGCGUGUCGGUGCAGAACUGGUGCGCCAAAUGCAACCUGUCCUUCCGCAUGACCUCCGACCUCGUUUUCCACAUGCGCUCUCAUCAUAAGAAGGAGUUCGCAGCGGAGUCCCAGGUGAGGAGGAGGCGGGAGGAGAAACUCACCUGCCCCAUCUGCCACGAAUACUUCCGAGAGCGCCACCACCUGUCCAGACACAUGACCUCUCAUAACUGAGACAACAAAGGACAGAAAAAAAACUAUAUUUAUUUCCCAAAUGAUGCGUAGAGCGUCGUCUAUAUUUAACAGAUUUAGAUUCACGGCAAGACUUCGUAACAGUGAAUGUAGGUAGCUGUAAAGAAAAUAGCAAGUGGCCAUCACAGCCUGUCCACUAGAUGACGAUAGAGGUACGUGGAAGCUGAUCUCACUGCAGUUUGUUGUCUGUCCUUCAGUCCUGUAUGUUAGGUUGAUGCUUAUUUUGUGCCUUAUGGAACUCAGGAUGGAAUAAAAUGACGGAGAGAUCUCGAGGACAGCUCAUGAUUGUCAUAAAUAUCUCGACGCAAUCCUCUUAUUUAUCAGCUUAUCUCUGCUUUGUACAUGCGAUAUGGAUUGAGUGUGUUUGCACAUUCAUUUUCAAAUUUAAAACUAUCAAAA